UAUUAGGUUCAUCCUUUUAGUUAGGAACUUUUUAAAUGCCUGAUUCAAACUGAAAACAAGCUGCAAAACUUCCCCCAAAUACCCCCAGAAAUGAUCAUCAGUCUUAUUUUGGAUAUAUUCACAAAAAACAAGACGACUUAUGACAGAGCAAAGAGAACGUCAUUAGACACAACCUGGAGUUUUCCCUCUUUUAGGAAUCAUGUAGGAUUUUUUUUAUCUGUUAAAGUCUUCCCAUAUUCUGUGAUGUAGGCAAUGUGUAAAGUUAUUUUUCUAAAACCCCCAUCCCGUAGAGCCCCAUGCAAUGUGAACUGAGCACCAUUCAGCAUUAACCAAUUAGACAUCUUCUUACGUACGGAUGCCAAUCACAGAGCAUGCGCGAGUGUUUGUGGACGCACCUAGACUGAUGCCGAGUUGGCGUCCUUUCAUGUGGACAAGUAAAUCUUUAAAAUAUAAAUAAACGGCAUAGAUUGAGAAUAAUAAUUGUAAAACUACCUGUUUUAGCUCUGUUUGCUGACUAGAAGGGUGCGUUCAUGAAUAACCGGCGUUGCUUCCAGCUGUAAUCACGGAGAGGGGGAGAGGCUUAAAGGUGCGAUGUAUUAUUCUGCCUCUAGAUGGAGCCCUAUGACAAAAGGCUCCGGAUGUCUGCUUUAAGGCUCAGUGUGGUUCCAAAACAAAAGCGCUAUUUUCUCUGUUCAUAAUCAAAAUGAGCCUUCGAGGUCAGGACCCACCGAAGAAGAAGUACGACCCGCUUGAUGCCACUUUGACGUUCGUCGACGGGGACGACGACCUGGAUCCAGUGUCCUCAGACUCGGUCUCUCUCCGAGCCCGGUUGUCCUGCGGUCACGCUGUGACGCCCGAGUCUCUGACACAGUGGUGUCGCUGCCAGCUGGAAGAUGGUAAACAUGAAUUCAGGUGUCCUGCAGUGGUGGACGUCCUUACAAACAAACUUUGCAACCAGCUGUGGUCGUACCAGGAGGUGCGCAGACUGGCUGCUUUGGAUGUAGAGGAAAUGCAGUAUUUUGAGGAGAAGAUGGCCCGUCUGGCUGUUGACAGUUACUGUGACGUCCAGUCGUGCCCAAAGUGUAAAACCUGCGUGGAGAGGAAGGAUCUGUCCAGCCUGUGUGUGCAGUGCGUCGUGUGCACAGCGGACCAGAAGAAGGCGUACCAGUUCUGCUGGCAGUGUCAGAAGAAGUGGAAAGACCCGGGCCGUCAGUCGGGUCGCUGUGGGAACAACGGCUGCAUCAACAAGGACCUGCAGCUCCUGCAGACAUGCAAAGACAUCAGUCUGCCUGAGGUAGAGGGCGUGACCAGCUGCCCCUCGGUCCGUGCCUGCCCCGUGUGCGGCAUGAAGGUGGAGCACAACCGGCAGUUCUGUAAAAACAUCACCUGUCCUCGCUGCGACACAGAGUUCUGCUUCGUCUGCCUGAAACUGAAGAGCGAGUGCAAUAAGACUAGUUCGCCGUAUGAAAUCUGUCCAAGUGGCGUUGCUCCAAAACAAACUUCUAUUCCUGUUUGGAAAAGAAAACAAUAAAGUCUAUUCAGCAGUAGGGAUGCAACGAUACCACUUUUUUCCAAACCGAUAUGAUACCGAUACCUGAAUCUGAGUACUCACCGAUACCGAUUACCAAUAUUGAUACUUCUACCACACAAAAAAAUGCAAUGAUUUGGAAUACAGAUUUUAUUUUCUUCUCUGUUUUCAACAGGUAAAGACUAUGAGGUAAAUAAAAAGUAAAAUAUAUGAAUGGAAAUCAUCACAAAACUAAAAUAUUAGGUGAACAGAAAUGACAAGUUACAGUGAAGCCAUUUUCAAGCAACUGCAUUGGUAUCGGUUCCUGGUAUCGGUUAACUUUUACCGAUACCAAUACUGGUAUUGGUGCCGAUACCAGUAUCGUAUUGGUGCAUCCCUACUCAGCAGCUUUUGUUUUAAAAAUGCUGCAAAGAAACCGGAAAACAGAGAAAUUUCUCUGAAUGCUUUUAAAUAAAAAAAAUCCAUUUAAACUGCUGUAAAUCUUUUAGAACUUCAGCUUAUUUUUUAUCUUUGUGCCUGUUUGUGACUGUAAUGUGUUUGUAACUGUUCUGAUACCUUCUGCAGCCUGUCUUGUGCUUGAAACUGUGUUUUUUAUUCCCAGUAGGAUCUGGUUAAAUAAGAAAAGAUCACAUUAUAAAAACGUCUGUCUUUCUUGGUAUGAACAAAUAAAAAUGAAAUUCUAGUUUAAUGUACAGAUAUUACAGCGUUAUCAGAUUUUAGUUAUUAGAAUAAUUUGUUUAAUUAUUUUUCUUGAUUGGAAUUUUUAUUGUAUGACAAAAAUUCAAAGCCUUCCUGAAAAAUUCAGAUUUUUAAGCGUAGAAUUUAUAUCCGAUGACACAAACAUACAUACCAGAUGCCCGCUAUGGUUCAUUAUGACAACAGUUUGAAAAUGAUGUAAAAAAUAAAUUAAAUCUGUUGAAUAAAUGUAAUCUGUCUGAAUUUAUAAGUUAAUAAAAGUUUCCCACUUAUUGCACCUUUAAAAAGCACCUCAAACUACAUCUUAAAGGCUCCCAGACAUGUUUGCAUCUUUAGUUAUUCUUAUUUUUUGUUUGCCUAUUUUAAUGGAAUGUUUCUAUCUGACUGUUUUUAAAUUGUAUAGUGUUACUUGUUUUACUUAGUUAUCUUGUCGACGGACUACAGAUGCAAAUGAGCAACUAUGCUAUAUAAUCUGGCCCAUUUACGAUCGAUACAAUGUAUUUGAUUGUUUAUUAAUGUGCGUUGUCCUGAAUAAAGAAUUGAAUUGACUGUACAUACUUGAA